AGAAUUAAAAUUUGACUUGGAAACUCCCCAAGAAAUUUUCAUUGGCCAGGUGUUUAAUGUAGUCACAAGUUCUUCAUGACAGAAUGAUUUUGCAUUGGGCAUGACGUGUGGAGAUUGAUUUGAACCAAGUUAAUUGUCGCAGCGAAGGCUACCGAAUGCUUUUGCCAGAUGAGUCGAUUUUAUUGUGUCCCUUUUUCAAUUGCCUUAUAAGAUGGGAAUUUUGCAAUUAUUUGAAUUAGUAGGUGUACUGAAGUGUUUCUCGCGAAGCAGAUGUGUGAUUUUUUUGUAUCUUCAUCGUAAAAAUCAAAACUCGUUUGCUACUUAAGUCAACCAGCCUUCGUUUUGGGCUCAAAACUGACCAAGCGUUCAGAUAUUCAGAUAGUUUUUGUUCAACCACAGACAGGUCAUCAUGUCUCGCGAUUUUAGCGCGCUGUUGGCGAUUCUCAUCUUCUCUACGGUCAACGCGGCACCGCAAACUUCACCAACUAUCGUUCCGCAAAUCCGCACAAAUGGCUUUCAACUUGAGCCCCUCAAUCAAGAAUACUUUCUCAGAAUCGAACAUCCGGGUGGCACUAUUCGCCAGGAAUCCGUGAGCCAGAAUGAAGCCGGUCACCUGCAGGUCAAAGGUGUGAUUAACCAGCCCUUCGAGGAUCAGGAUGCCAAUCUUAUUGUCACCUACGAGGCAGGUCCGAAUGGUUAUGUUGCCAAAUACAGCUUUGGCAAGGGUCCUCCAACGCCGCCACCUGACACCCCACUAUUCCUUAGUCCCGGUGCUCUGAAAACUGCAGCUGGAUAGGAUUAUAUUUAGGAAGGAUUAAAACCACUACUUGCCGUAAUUUAUAUUUAACCAAUUCUGUAUUUAUUAGUAGCAAUAAGUAAGUAAUAAUCACUUAGUUUCCCUAGUUUAUAUAAAUUAAUAAACUGGCUGGACUAUUUUAGCCAUAACAAAUUUA